AUGACAGAGACAACUUCAAUCCUAGGCGCCAACACGCCGCACCCGCUGCGCAUCUCGCGCCUCGUCACCGGGCUGUGGCAGCUGGCCGGGGGGCACGGCGAAGCGGACGUCACGGCCUCCGCAGCGGCAAUGGGGCCGUACGUCGCUGCGGGGCUGGACACGUUCGACAUGGCCGACUUCUAUGGCCCGGCAGAGGACGUUGUGGGCGCGUAUAAUGCCGCUAGUGUGGGGAAGCCUGUGACACCUCUGACCAAGUGGUGCCCCAAGCCUACUGUUGUCGGCGAGGAGGCGUGCCGGAAGGCAGUGGACACGGCGCUCGCGCGCCUCCGGGUCGACAGCUUGCCGCUGCUGCAGUACCAUGUGUGGCGGUACGACGACCCGAGCUAUCUCGAGAACCUGCACCACCUGUCCCAGCUGCAGGCAGCGGGCAAGAUCCAACAUAUCGGGGUCACCAACGUCGACCUGGCGCACCUGCGCCUGAUCGUGGGGAGCGGGUAUGCGAUCGCGUCGAACCAGGUGUCCAUGAGCGUGCUCGACCGCCGCGCCGAAGUGGGCGGCAUGGCGGACUACUGUGCCGUCAACGGCAUCGGGCUGCUGGCCUACGGCACGCUGCUGGGCGGGUUUAUCGGCGAGAAGUGGCUCGGUGCCCCCGAGCCUGUGGAGCAGGGCAACUGGAGUCUGAUGAAGUACAAGCGGUACAUUGACGCCGCUGGCGGCUGGGCCGUGUUCCAGGGCCUGCUUGCCGCGCUCAAGUUCGUGGCGGACAAGCACGGCGUGCCCAUCGCCACCGUCGCGAUGGGGUACGUGCUCGCGCUUCCCGCGGUAGCAGGCAUCAUUGUCGGGUCGCGGCUGGUCGGCGACGCGUCGAGCCACAUCGCGUCGAACAAGCAGGCGCUGUCGCUGCGCCUCGACGACGCCGACCUGGCCACCAUCCACGCGGCGCAGGCGCGCCUCUCCCCAGUGCCAGGGGACAGCGGCGACGAGAACCGAUACCCGCCGUACCUCAGCCCGACGGGCGGCGCGCGCGACUUUAUCGACGACGCCGCGCUCGCCGAGGUCGAGCGCGUCGUCGCUGCCGGCGGGCGGGUCGAGCGCAGCUCCGGCUCGGCGUGGGAGCCGGUCGCGAACUACUGCCGUGCGGUGCGCGUCGGCGACAGGAUCACAGUCAGCGGGACGACGACGCGCGCGGCCUUCUCGGGCGCCGGCGUGAUUGGCGGGAAGGACGCCGAGGCGCAGAGCACGUACAUCUUCGACAUUAUCGCCGGGGCGGUGCGUGCCCUCGGCGGGUCAGUGGCGGAUAUCACGCGCACAAGGGUGUUGCUUGCCGACGUGGCUGACUGGGCGGCCGUCGGCAGGGCCCAGGCGCGCGAGAUUGGCCGGUGGGGCGUGCGGCCCGCCAACACGAUGGUCGGCGGGCUGACGUUUGUCGUUGGCCCCGACGCGCUGGUGGAGAUUGAGGCCGAGGCUAUCGUUGGGAGCGGGAAGGGGCCGCGGCUUAGGUUGGGGCCUGGCGGCAUUGUCAGGGAGUAG